GAUAAAUUGUUUACGAUGUCCAUCAAAAAGGAAGGUGCCCACAAAAAAUGGGCUGCCCUGAAGGAGAAACUCGGGCCCCAGGAGACAGACCAGACAGAGGCCAACCUGGAAAAUGCAGAACCAGAGCUGUGCAUCCGCCUCCUACAAAUGCCUUCCGUGGUGAACUACUCCGGGCUGAAGAAGCGGCUGGAGAACAGCGACGACACUUGGAUGGUCCAGUUCCUGGAGCUCUGUGGGCUCGACCUCCUCUUGGAGGCCCUGGACAGGCUAUCUGGACGAGGGGUGGCCAGGAUUUCUGACGCCUUGCUUCAGCUCACCUGCAUUAAUUGUGUGCGAGCAGUGAUGAACUCCCACAAAGGGAUCGAAUACAUUGUCAGCAAUGAGGGCUAUGUCAGAAAACUCUUCCAAGCACUUGACACAACUAAUGUCAUGGUCAAAAAGCAAGUAUUUGAGCUCUUGGCUGCACUGUGCAUUUAUUCAUCGGAUGGCCACACUUUGGCUUUGGAUGCUCUGGACCAUUACAAGAGUGUGAAGAACCAGCAGUAUCGAUUCAGUGUCAUAAUGAAUGAGCUCUCAAAUACAGAUAACGUACCAUACAUGGUGACACUGCUGAGUGCUAUCAAUGCCAUAAUAUUGGGGAAAGAAGAGCUAAGAACAAGAACACAAAUCAGAAACGAGUUCAUAGGGCUUCAGUUGUUGGAUAUUUUAGACAAGCUAAGGUAA